UUCUCCAGCAUGGCUUUGAAUGUAGCCCCAGUAAGAGAUACAAAAUGGCUAACACUAGAGGUGUGCAGGCAGUUCCAGAGAGGGACUUGUUCAAGAUCUGACGAGGAAUGCAAAUUUGCACAUCCACCCAAAAGUUGUCAGGUUGAAAAUGGACGUGUUAUCGCCUGCUUUGAUUCCCUUAAGGGACGUUGCUCAAGGGAGAACUGCAAAUAUCUUCACCCGCCAACGCAUCUAAAAACCCAGCUAGAAAUAAAUGGCAGGAACAAUCUUAUUCAGCAGAAAACAGCUGCUGCCAUGCUUGCCCAGCAGAUGCAGUUCAUGUUCCCGGGUACACAGCUGCAGCAAAUGCACACAUUUCCUAUAGGUCCUAUAGGAACAAAUACCGCAAUUAGCUUUGCUCCAUAUCUUACUCAAGUAACACCAGGUGUUGGCUUGGUUCCAACUGAAAUGCUGCCCUCUACACCUGUUAUGGUUCCAGGAAGUCCACCUGUAUCAGUCGCUGGUUCUACUGCUACUCAGAAACUUCUCAGGACAGAUAAAUUGGAGGUAUGCAGGGAGUUUCAGAGAGGAAACUGUGCACGGGGAGAGACUGAUUGCCGCUUUGCUCACCCAGCAGACAGCACGAUGAUUGAUACAAAUGAUAACACUGUAACCGUUUGUAUGGAUUACAUUAAGGGUCGCUGCAUGAGGGAGAAAUGCAAAUAUUUUCACCCUCCUGCACAUUUGCAGGCCAAAAUCAAAGCUGCACAACAUCAAGCCAACCAGGCUGCAGUAGCAGCACAAGCAGCUGCUGCAGCUGCAACAGUGAUGACGCAGUCGACUGCCAAAGCAAUGAAGCGACCUCUCGAAGCAACUGUAGAUCUGGCUUUUCCACCUGGUGUCCUUCACUCUUUACCAAAGAGACAAGCUCUAGAAAAAAGCAAUGGUGCCAGCGCACUUUUUAACCCUAGUGUCUUGCACUAUCAACAGGCUCUGGCCAACGCGCAGUUGCAGCAGCCUGCAGCAUUUUUCCCAGCAGGGUCAGUUUUGUGCAUGACACCAGCUACCAGUAUUGAUCAUACUGAAAUAAUCACCAAGAGCGGAACAGAACAUCAAGAAGACUCACAGAAGAUAGCAAAACAUUCAUACUGUACAUACUAUCCCGUCUCCUCCUCUAUAGAGUUGCCACAAACUGCAUGCUAAAAAAAAAGGAUCUUGUUCUCUUCAUGGACAAACUACAAAUUCUUAGAAAGCUAGUGCUGCUAUAUUUUAAAUUAUAUAUGGUAUGCUUAAUAUAUUCCAACAUAAAAAUAGUUAACUACCUGAUACCAGCUGUGAUGUUAGUGGGUAAAGUUUACUUUUUAAUAUUUUGUAUACCUGGUUCCCACUCGACAACAUUGUCUUAUCUCCUGUCACAUCAGAAUCACAGGGAUUAGUCCCCUGUCAUAUAGUAUAUUUUAAAUGCUGCAAAACAUUUAAAAUGUACAAAGUUUUGUUUCUGACAGCUAAUAUAGAAUGAUAGAUUGUGAAUAUUAACAUAUUAGAGUGUAUUUUAGCCAUUAAUAUAGGAUUUUACAAGUCUCCCCUCUGUAGAGAAGACCAAGAAGAAAAGCACUCUCAAAUAUAAAAAUAGGCUUAUUUUAAAGCACAAAGUUAAAGCUUACAAAUCAGUAACAUACCCAGGAUUGGUGGGAUUUAAAAAAGCAAAAAAUACAGAACAGGAAACAAUUGCACAGUAUAACUGUCAUAUACUGGAAAGUGAAUAUUUUUGUUUCCUUUAUGAACAUAUGUUUGUUUUCUAUUUUAUUUUAUUAAGACUUUGCAGAAGUGCCUAAACUUUGCCACAGUACAACAAACGCAAAAAGUAUGCGACCGAUGCCAACCUCCCAGCUACCCACAAAUGUCCAUUACACAGUCAAAAUAUCUAUACAUAUAGCAUGUUGGGUAUACAGGUUACACAUACAAGGCAUCUGAGGAGGAGUUUUCUUAAUCGAAUGUACAAAAAAAAAUAUAAAUAUAUAUAUAUAAAUAUAUAUCUGUCAGUCACAACAUAAGUGUGACUCUAAUCUAUAUAACAUUUACAUUUUUAAAAUGUAGUGAGAGUUUUAUUUUGACCCAGUUCAGAGCACGAAAAGGCUAGCAAAACACUGCAGAGCAAUGCAUUGCAGGCUUUUCUUAUAUUCAACUAUGGAAACAUCACCUUGCGGAAAACACAGAUGUCUAUACCGCAGAUGUGGUUGAAUACAGGGUCUAUAGUGUUAUACUUUUUUAUAAUUGGAUUGAGAGUUGUAACAGGAUUACAGCAAAAAAAAAGACUAAAGAAAAUGUGUUUAAAGCAUAUUUUAUGUCAGAAAAGUUAGAAAGAGUUGUCGCUUAUGAGAAAAAAAAACUAAAAAAAAAAAAAAAAUACCUAUGGAUGAAACUGAUUUUUGAUGUUUACUUUUACAGUAGGUUACAGUUGUUGAUUUACAUGGUAAUGUCUGUACAUUUAAUACGUAAUUUAGUUAAAGGUUUAUUUUGAGCACUAUUGUACCAAAUAUUUCAUGUUUCUAUGUUGCACAUUUGUCACACAAAGUAUGUUGUUGCUGAAUUAUGGAUAUCAAACAAGAACAGCUGUUAUACAUGAAUAGUAUACUUAAGUGUUAGAAAUGUUUUUUUUUUCUCUUGUAAAGACAAUAUUAGUGAUUGCAGUAUUUUAAGAAAAAUUUUGAGAGUUGAAUGUAAGCUAUUUUUAAUGUGGGCAGCCUGUUCUAGAAAAUAAGAAGGCGCUGUAACUCUAUAAUCAGUAAAUCAGGAAAAGAUUCUGCCUUUAUUUUAAUUUUAUUUUUUGUUUGUAUGUAUGUAUUGUGUUUGGUUUCUACUCUGCUGUUAAAGAAGCAGAUACGAUGACUCAAAAGAACUAGAUCACAACCCUCUUGGAAA